AUGAUUGUCAGUACCAAAAAAGGUUGGUAUAAUGAGGACGAAAAGGCAUUGGCACAAAAUUUGAACUAUAUGUCCACUAAAGCAUAUUCUUUUAUGCGUGACGAUCUAGGUUUUUGUUUACCACACAAAUCAUCUCUUUUGCGUUGGCGCCCCAUCAGGUAUGUUGUUCCAGGUUUCGAUGCCAAUGUCGUUAACAAUUUAAGCAAAAUUGCUAGCAAAAUGUCCGGCACAGAACGCAUAUGCAUUUUAUUAUUUGAUGAAAUUAGCAUCAAGCCGGAUCUUACUUAUAAUAAAAGUAGGGAUAUAAUUGAUGGGUUUGUGGACCAUGGGGAAGGCCAACGUCAAAGCAGAAUAGGGAACAGAUGUUGUUUUUUUAUGGUUAAAGGGUUGUGCUCUAAGUGGAAGUAUGUAUUUUCCUACUAUAUUUCCAAAAAUGGUUUUAAUGGUACAGAGUUACAUCAAAUUCUGAUGAGUAACAUUUCCGCAAUUACGAAACGAAAAUUUAUUCAAUUUGUAUUUUCAAACAAAGGUGAUGAAGAAAAAUGA